GAGCAGCAGACACUGAAGAGACGCCUCUCACAGCAGAAAGUCAAGAAGUCAACACAGAAUCAGAGAGAAACUAAAUCUGCAAAGCAAUGCACAACCUGCUCUCUCUUCUCAUUGGGCUUUCGCUGUUCCAGGCAGCCCUUUGUUUAGAUAUGACUCUUUGUGGAGCAACCUACCGACCACCAGAUUAUAAUGAUAUCUUUGUGACAUGUGGAACUGUGGGGAUGGAGCUGUCAAUAUAUCUAUGUCCAGUGUAUUACGCAGGCUUCAAUGAGUCUCUUCUAGCUUUAAACAGAAAUUUCAACAAUCCUGCUUGUCGAGGCACUGUUGACUUAACUGGCCCAUAUCCUAUGCUGAAAUUUGUCUUUCCACUUAAUGACACGCUGACUUGUGGGAGCAACUUUGUGAUAACUACUGCUAUGGGAACAGGUGCAUUUAAGGACUUUUCAAACAUUCAGUCUGUCAACAUCAGUGGAAUAAUCAAAUCAAAUGAUCCAACUGUUGGCACUGUGUCAUACAACAUGGAUGUUGUGUACUUGUACUCCUGCACCUAUCCACUGGAGUACCUGAUGAACAACACAAGACUGGAUGUGACUGGAGCCACUGUAGCAGUGAAGGACAACAAUGGCAGCUUUGUGUCCACACUUUCCCUUACACUAUGGGCGGACAGAAACUACACUGUUCCAUUGCCUAUUCCAAAAAGUGGACUUUAUCUGAAGACCAAAAUCUAUGUUGAUGUAAAAGCUACAAAUUUGACUGACAAGUUUAACGUUAUUCUAGACCGCUGUUAUGCUUCCGUAUCUGCUUUUCCAACAAACUCCACUUAUUAUGAUCUUUUUGUUGGAUGUAACAAGGACCCACAGACUGUGAUUUUAAAUAACGGAGAUAAACAAUAUGCAAGAUUUGGCUUUGAGGCCUUCAGAUUUGUUGAACAAAAGAACUUGACUGUAUGCACGUUUUACUUACACUGCAUCACACGGCUCUGUGAGAAGAGUGCAUGUCCUAAUUUCAUACCAGUAUGUCCCCCUAGUAGAAGAAGAAGAGAUGUUUCUCCAACUUUAAACCCAGAUUCCGUUUCUCAGCCUAGUGAUGUAACAUCCAAGACAAUUUACACCAUGAAUGAUAAUGCUCUACAGUCAAAUGAAAUUGCUGCCCGUAUAGUGACCUCAAGAGAAGUAGUGAACGUGUCUGUUGGUCUGGGAAUCACUGUUGGAGUUCUGGCCCUAAUGUUUGUCAUUGUAUCAGCUUUCGCUUUCGUCAUGUACAGGAAAAUGAACAGGACACCAGGUUUGAUGAAAAUGGGAAGUCAUUAGCCAUUAGCAGCAUAAAAGAAAACCACGCUCUCCUACACUUAAGAGCUUCUGAUAAUCCGAAUUCAUUGCCAUGCUUUUAGUUUAUAAGAAAUCUAUUUUAGUUAUAAUUUCAGAUGAUUCAGUAAAAGCUAGUUAAUAUAAAAUAAAAUAACAUGGUAUAUAUUGUAGUUGAGAACACACUGUAUAUUUCUAUGCUAACAGACUAAUAUUUUACAGAAAAGCAAUCAUUUAAACUUAAAAAAAUCAAGCAUAUAAUUUAAAAGCAUACUUAGCUGAUGUUCAUUUCACAGAUUAAUAAUGUACAGCGAAGAAACCCUAACAUUAUAAAGCAAUUAACAUGACUUCAUAGCACAGUUCUAUUUUGAAGCCUAACAUUAAAACUGAAUGCUGUUUAAUUUUUUAAUUAUGUACAAAUGUAAGCCACUUUGGAAAUGCAUUAGCCUGUUGGUAAAACAGUACAGCAUCAGUUCUAUUGUAAUAAUUAAUACUGUGAUUAAAGUGAAACACAUUAGAGGGCCAUCCAACAUGAAGUAAAAUGAGAAUUGCAUAAGCAUGUCUGCUUUGCUUUUGGUAGAGAUACAGCUUGCCCAACAAUCCAUAGCUCUGUAAACCCUGACAUGCAAACUGAGGUCAUGAAGUGCACCCGGGCAUGCAAACCGAGGUCAUAAAGUGCACCCUAGCAUGCAAACCGAGGUCAUGAAGUGCACCCUGGCAUGCAAACUGAGGUCAUGAAGUGCAAGAGGAAGAAGGAAGAAAAUGCAUGUAUUUGGUCUAUGGAUGCAUCAAGAAGAGAAAACCUGCAUGCUAACACAAUUCAGGGUUACUGAAGACAAAGAACCUUCUAUUGAAAACUCUAAAAACAUUUAGAGACCUCCACUUAGAUGUUAUCUCUAAUAUUAGGCGAAUGUUGUCAUUAUACUGUCCCAAUGGCUACAGUUUAAAAGGAAGAGCAAAUACAUCCAUGAAGACAACCUAGUGACAGAAACCAUGUAUACAUCCACUCCUAGCGUUAUAUUUCCUAUGGACUCAGGGAUGAGAGAAAUUUUAACAAUAUUUUUAAAUAUGUACUAUACCAGUUUUGUUCUCCUGUGCUCAGUUCUGAUAAUGUAUUCACAAAAAGCAUUAUGUAAAGCAAUAGUGAGCAUACGUGAAUGGUCAUCGCAGACUCUUAACACCUAUAUCUUUAUAUGUCAGAAAAGAAGUAUUUGUUAAUUAAAACAACAAAAAUAAGUUAAGUGUUUAACUGAUAUGCUGAGGAGAAUUUUUGCAACUACUGUCAGCAUAAAAGUAUGUUAUAUCAUACAGUUCAUUGAUAUGUCAGUUUACUGAAUUUAUUAUGAUUAACAAAAUCAAGUGCACAUUUAAUUUAAAAUAAAAUUGCUCAUAUCUGCGAA